AUGUCGGUAAAGAAAGGAACAUUUGAGAAAAUAUUUGGCCGUUCACUGGCGAUAUUCUGUGUUAUGGGCCUUGCACUGGCCAGUCUUAUUAUCCUUAGUAACCAACGCUUACCUAGCCGUGCCUAUGCCUUCGUAAGAUCGCUGGCGACCGGAAACGAUCGUCUUGGAGCUGACCAAUCAGAGAGCGACAUAGACUCCGAUUUAGAAGACGACGGUCCACGACUUCCUACCGACGUCUUACCGAAGGCUUACGAUCUCAGCAUAGCCGUGAAUUUAUCGACCAUGACUUUUUCAGGCGAAGUGAAGAUUACAGUUUUAUGCAAGGAACCGACGGAGAAAGUAGUCCUUCACGCUAAAGAUAUGCAUAUUUUUAAGACUGACGUUACGAAAGGUAAAUCAGGAAAGUUACUGAAAUUGAAAAACAAGUAUAAGAGAGCGAAGUACGAUUAUUAUAUAAUAGAAUUUGAGAAAGAACUAAAAAAACACAGAAAAUAUACGAUCAUUAUGAAAUACGUCGCAAAUGUUUCAAAGACGCUGGACGGGUUCUAUAAAAGUUAUUAUACAACUGAAGUUGGCGAGAAAAGGUGAGUGUACUGGGAACGAAUUAACAUAUCGUGCGUGUAUCUAAAUUCGCUAGGAUUCACGCACGAUGUUUUGAGAAGGCCCUUGGUCGGGAAUAG